AUGUGGCUCCUGUUGGUGUUGGGUUGUCUCACGGCCGUCGUCCUGCAAAUCAUCGACCGCGUCAACUUCUACAACUCCAUGCCUAUCAACGUCAACGUCAAGAUCAAUUACAACCACUCGUUGCAAUUCCCCGCAGUCACCAUCUGCAACCAGAACGCAUUCAGAGCGACAGAAUCCGAAGCCAAAGGGAGAUAUCGGCUGAUCGAGAACAUGUUCUCGAGAUCUAAUCCGCUGACAUCAGAGGAUCUUCGACGGCACAACGCGUCUGACGUCAGCUUGGAGGAGUUGUUUCUGCAGUUGGCCCAUAGAAAGGAAGACAUGAUUGUUGAUUGCUCGUGGAAGCUCGCGCCGUGCAGCUCGGAAGACUUUCGACUUGUUCUUACAGACCAUGGUGUCUGCUUCACGUUCGACCGGAAUAACUCCGAUAUGUUCGUUUCGUCAUCAGGAGCAGAAUCAGGGCUCAGGUUGACUUUGAACGUUGAGCAGUACGAGUAUAUGGCUGGGCCGCAUGACGCCGCCGGAGUUAAGAUCCUCCUGCACGAGCCACGGGAACAGCCAUUUGUGUACGGGCUCGGUCAGGCCAUACCAACCGGGACCCAUGCCUUUCUUGGAGUAAAAUUCAUGAGAAUCGACAACCUGCCUAAGCCGCACGGCGACUGUGACUGGCAUCAGCUGCGGCACACUGACUACUACACAUCUGAGGAAUGCUUCUUGGACUGUCUUAUGAAACUUGCAGAGCAGAGGUGCGGAUGUAGAGACUUCUACAUGCCACGCGUUAAAGCUGAAUUCACGGCAUCUCUUCGCGAAGGAUGCGUUUGUCCCAUACCGUGUCAUUUUUCGUAUUUUGAACCGUCAAUCUCGUACGGAACGAUUUCCAACCACGUGGUCGACAAAAUCAUCACAUCGACCAAUGCGAACAAUCUUCUUAAGAAGUUAGAAAGAGCGUCGGAAGUUUCGGCGAAGAUGGAAGAAAGCAAAUUCAUGCAAUUCAAAACAAUAUCGCAGUCAUAUGUUCAGUUUUCGUCUGAUGUUGAAGAGGUCAUUUUACUAAUAGAAGAACUUGUACAAAAGAACAUUAAUCAAAUUAAUUUAAUAUUUAGUGAAAUGGAAGCCACUUAUAAUAUGAAAGAAACAAUGUACCGUUAUCAAGAAUACACAAUCGAGAAGAACUUUCUGCGUGCACGUGAAGCUAUGGAGGAAAGGGUAUUAGCGAAUGUGGCAAGUGAUUAUGCAGAAUUUGCGAUGCUCACUGCAAGAAGAAUCCGACGUUUGGCUUUUAAUGUUAUGGAUAAUUCAAAUAGAAAGAUGUUGUUUGAGCUUAUAAUAGAUACCAUCAAAGUCAGACAAGAAAUAUCAGAACAGGCACGUGCAAAUGUUACACUACUGAUAGAUUCGUAUAUUAAUGGAACACCGAUAUUUAACUAUAUGUUCGAGGAUGUUUCAAGAGAUCACAAUUUCUAUAUUGUUCCCAGACCGCUUUUGAACGAAAGCAUGUUUUACAACAGUUACGUUCUGCAAUAUGUACCAAAAUGGAAACAUGAUGACUUCGACCUGAUGUUCCAGGUGCUCGAAAUGUUUGCAAAUCUCUCACUCAUUGCUUUCAAUGAUAAAAGUGUCAAUGAAACGGAACUGAAUGAUGUCUUCGAAAGAUAUCAGUUUACUUGUCGAACGUUCAUGUAUAGUAGAAGUGUUGUUUAUUUUUAUGGAAUCGAUCGACCUUUGGCAGUUAUACAGUCCCGCCAUUCGAACUUUUCAAAAGCAUGGCUAUAUUUUACAAAUGUCAUUAAGAAUAUGAAUUUUGACUGUACACACUUGUCGAAUAUCUUACGCACCAUUAAACACACCACGAUUCCUGGAUUGCAACAUUUGACAAUGAAAUUUGGCAAUUUUACUGAAAAUGGAAUCGGUAGUCUUUUGGAUUUAGCGACAACGUUUUCUUCCAACAACACACUGUCUCAAAUAACUGACAUUUACUCUCUUUUCGCCGAAAUCGAAGCCCGCGGACAAGCGCUUUCAGACAACUUUAACUUGUUGAAGCAUUCUAUCCACACAAUGUGGACAAUGAUAAUUGGGGACGAAGAUUCGUUUGAGUAUUAUGAGUAUACAAAUAACACUCUUUUCAUGAGAAAUUUGAGUGAAGUGCUUACAGAAUGGAAUGAAAGACUAAACACAGCCGCCCACCAGCUUGACAUAAGGUUACCAGUGGCACACACAGAUGAACGUUUUCGAUCGGCUUUUGAUGAUUUAUCAGCAUUUCUAGAUGACUUUCAACGAAACAUUGUAAUUAAUGACGGGUUUCUGCGGGACAACUUCAUUCAGAUCAACAUAUUCUUUCGGCAACUCAGCUACGAAAACAUCAGCCAACAGGAAGCCUAUGAUUUCUUUUCAUUAAUAUGUGAUUUGGGCGGAGCAAUGGGCCUUUUCCUGGGCGCGAGCUUAAUGAGCAUCAUGGAGGUCAUCGACCUUUGCCUCAUUCAAUUGUCCAUCUUCAGGAAUAAGAUGGAAACUAAGCCAACAAAGUAUAAAAUAACAUCGGAAUGA